AUGGAGGAGAUGGGAAAGGAAAUGGCUAAAUAUUGUGGAGGUUUGCCAUUGGCUGUCGUUGUGCUUGGAGGACUUCUAGCUACAAACCACACAUUGUAUGACUGGGAGAGAAUUCAUAGAAAUAUUAAAUCAUACUUGAUGAGAGGCAAAGACAAUUACAAGCAGCAAGACAGUGGAGUAUCCGAUGUGUUAGCUUUAAGUUACCAAGAUUUGUCAUACCACUUAAAAUCUUGCUUUCUCUAUUUAGCUCAUUUCCCCGAGGACUAUGAAAUUGGAACAAAAAGUUUGGUUCGAAUGUGGGUGGCUGAAGGGAUUAUAUCAAAGGUGGGAGAACAAACAAUGGAGGAUGUUGCAGAAGGGUAUCUGGAUGAGCUCAUUCAAAGGUGUAUGGUUCAAGUAGGAAGAACAAGUUCAAAUGGAAGAGUCAAAACUUGCCAGUUGCAUGACCUAAUGCGAGAUUUAUGCUUGUCAAAGGCAAAAGAAGAAAAUUUUCUUGAGAUUAUCGGUUUUCAGCAAGAGGAAACAUUUUCAUCUUCUGUGGUAACAACACCUAUUCUAGAUAAAGUCCGAAGACGUGCCAUAUAUCUAGAUCAAUCUCUUCCUGUAGAGAGUGUUGCAGAGGCUAGAGCAGUCUCCAAAAAUAAAGAUGAAGAUGCUAAUAUUUAUGUCAAAUUGAACCCAGAAAAUGGCACACCCCUCCGAUCUCUUCUAAUAUUCUAUCCACGAAUUGAAGAGACAGUACACUGGAUGCUGAGGAAGUUAGACUUGAAGAAGUUCACAUUAUUAAGAGUGUUAAGUCUUGAGAAACUUUCACUGGAAGAAACAUUACCAAAAGCAAUAGGCAACCUCGUACACUUGAAGUUCUUGAGUUUUAAAUAUGCUAGUCUCUUACGCUUCCCAUCAUCUAUAAGAAAUUUAGGUUGCAUCCAGACCCUGGAUUUACGGUUUUUUGGUUCUAGUCGUGAUGAACUGAUGAUUUGUUUUAGAAUGAACGAAGUGAUAGGUAGGAUGAAAUGGCUAAGACAUCUCUACCUUCCUUUCGAUCUUCAUGUGGGCAAUAGUAAGGUGCAAUGGGGCAACCUGAGUAACUUGGAGACAUUAAAAAACUUUGAUGCAGAACAAUGGGACAUAAAAGAUUUGGCCCACUUGACCAAGCUUCAAAUAUUGGAAGUGAUGAGACUCAAAAGCUUUAAAGAGUUGGAUGUAAUUCUCAAACCCUCUCAUCCCAUUUCAAGCAAUCUUCGUUCCUUAUGUUUGAAUGAUGUUGGUACCAAAAUGGAAGAAAUAGAUCUAAAGCAACUAUCAAUGUGUCCACAUCUUUAUAAGUUAAGCCUACAUGGAGAAAUAAGCAACUUGCCUGGGCACUUCUUCUUCCCUCCAAACCUCACUAUGUUAAACUUGCGCUCUUCUAAACUAAAACAGGAUCCGACACCGAUUCUAGAGAGCCUUCUUAACUUGACAAUCCUUUUCUUAUGGUCUGGUUUUUACAUUGGGGAGGAAAUGGUUUUCUCUAAGAAUGGGUUCCCUCGGCUCAAAGAUCUGACGAUCUCCCGUUGCUUCGUGAAAAGGUUGAAGGUGGAUAAAGGUGCAAUGCCUAAUCUUAAGAAUUUAGCUAUUCUUAGUGUGUAUCAUUGGAAAUGGUUCCUGAAGAAGUAA